AUGAGAAAUUUAUACAUCAUUAUCAACUCAAUUUUGUUCUUUUCCCACUUUAUAAAAGCACAAGUGCUUUAUAAACAAGCAUCCGAACCGUUUGUAUUGGCAGUUUACGACUCUUGCUAUGACUCGUCUGACUCUGAUCAGUUGAUGAAUGCAGCAAUACAGAAAUUGCACCACAAUGGUACAAAAGUUUAUAUAAGUAAUCCCGAAAACACCACCAGUAGCAAUACCUAUUUGGAAGGCACCAUUCUCAAAAACACAAGCUUGAAAAUUGAUAACAUUGCACCAUCUGAAAAUCUUCAUUUCUUAAGAGUUGAUUCAAAAACACAUCGGUUGAAACUCUGUCCUAAUGGCGAAUCGUCAAAGGACUUUAAAGUUGUACACGAUUCACUUUACUACCAUGGUUCAAAUCAAUGGCUGAUUUGUUUUGAUGAAGGGGAAAAUAGCAGCUUUGUUUAUCAUGGAAGUAUUAAAGAUAAUAGAAAAUACUGUUGUUACUGGGAUCAAGAAGUGGAAUUGCGAACUAUUGGGAAAUUCGAUGCUUCGGGGUCUGUGCCUGACUAUCCCUACAUUCAAAUAAAUCAAUAG